GACUACUACAGCACCGUACAAGCGUGUAGUACUACUUCCUAGUGCUUGUGCGCCUUGCUCUACCAGACCUGGAUUCGAUCGGAGUCGAUGGCGAACGCCGGGCUACGCGCCUACCGGGAGGUGCUGCGGCUGGUGCGGCGGCUGCCUGCCGACGCGCGGCCCUACUACGCGAAGUACGCCCGCGAGAACUUCGUCAACUACCGCCACCUUUCUGCCGACGACGACCUCGCCGGCCUCCUCCGCCGUGCACAUGACCACUCCGCCUGGGUCCUCUCCAAGUACUCCAUCGACGCGGCGGAGGCGGCAGGGCGGCUCAAGGAGAUCUGCGGUGAGGGCGGUGCCGAGUGAGGGGAAGAUCGUGGCAGCAGCCCGUGGCGCGGUGGUGCGUGCACGCAAGGUGUUCGGCUAUAUGACUCUGAGGUGUUUUUCAAGUUCCAUGCCCGAACAGGGUGAAUUGCCCAGUUCUACCUGUAUUGUUUUGUUUUAGAGCUGGGCGCUUUCAUGUUUCCAAAUGUUCUACAGUAGUGGGAAAUAAGAUCAACAUUCUGCUUCUAACUUGGUAAUGUUUUGAACUCGGGCCGACUAUUUAGAGGCUGUACGUAAUCCCUCCGCUCUGCAGCUCAACUCCGCUGCAGAGCGGAGCGGCAUGCAGUUGUAUUUUGGCGAGCGGCUAAAAGGGUGCUCCACACGCUCCGCUCUGUAGUGAAGGAGUGGAGGAUUGCCAAACA